CUUCGAAACCCGCAAACCCACAGAAAAUAAACCGUGUCAUAUCACGUCUGACUGUUAACUGGAUUGAAACAAACUUUCCGCUUGUUUUCUCCUCUAUAAAUAUUUUCCCACACAGACAGAGCCGCCAGAAUUGUCAACUACAGUCAGUGAUCUUCCUCGGCCUUCUUCUUCUUCUUCUUCUUCUACUUCUUCAACCUUCUCUUCGCAGAAAUCAAAAGAUUCGAGUUCGAUUUUGUGAAUUAGGUUUCGGAAUUUCGAUUAUCAGCUUAGCUUCCGAUUAACACAGAAAAGAACGAGAGAAGAUGAUACUGGUAGCGAUAAUGGCGGAGCUAAUGGAGGAGUACACGGUGCUGUUGGCUCGGGUCCUGGAGCAUAUGUUCCACGAAGCUCCAUUCCCGAGGCGGAUUCGGCUCCGACUCCUUCGUAGUCUUCACUUCGCUUCCUCCAAUCCUCCUCUUCAGACUGCCGCUUGAUCAUCAUCCUCUUCCUCUGUUUCUUAGCCAGAAUUGUCGGUUAGACUGCUUUGCAUUAUUUUUGUAUCUAUGUAAUUAAUCCCCCGGGUGUCUUUGUUUCUGUAUAUAUUACAGAGGUUUUAACCGAGUAAUUUGUUUGUGAGUUGUUGAAUUUUCUGCAACUGAGUUUCCAUAUAAUUAACUGCCGCAUAUUAACUUUCCUCCA